UGCUCUUGAACUUGUUGGUGAUCAAAGUUCAAUCCAAUAUCUGCUGGAAGAUAACGUCUCUCUAACUUCGCUUCAUCAUACGGUUUGAUUGUCCGUAUCCUGAAACGAACGACCAUGAACUUCACAUAUGGCUUGAUCAUUCACGAUGUAUCGCUCCUUCCACAGCACAAGCCCUUAUACGACCAGUUUCUCUCGGCAACACAGUCCAUGAGCCCGGCAAUUCUCUUCCUCUUCAACAUCUUCUUCAUCAACAACAGCAUCACCAUCAUCAUCAGAACACGCAGCAGACAUAUCAAGUCCAAGACAUCACCACUUCACAUCAUGACACCACCAACAAAGCCAGAUACUCCACCACCAGAUGUGCCACCACCAGCCAAUCCAGAUACCCCCACUUCGUCCAGCACCUUUGUAGGAACCACCGUCGGCACACGUCCAGACCACGUCGCAUGGAAAUGCCGCAAGAGUCAUUUUUGCAAUAUCAUCAACCCCUUGACAGAUGGCCGGUGUGCUACAUGCCGGAAGGAACGACAAGUUCCCGCCGACGCUCUCAACAGCGACAAUAAACAGAUCGGUUGGCUGCAAGCGGUGGACCCGCGCGGCAACGAGAAGUGGUGUUACUUCGAUAGUGAUACUCUAGAUCAGAUACGCCAAGGAACCUUGCCGGCGGAUUUUCUCUCGGACAGCCCUCCUGUGUCUUGGGGGGCUAGUGGUAGUUCUGGCAGUGCCGCUAGAAGCAGUAGGGAGGGGAAGAGGGCAAGGACUGGUGACGGGUUUGAAGUCAGUCAUAUGGAAAGGCCGGUUCCUAAUGUGGUGAAUAAGGAGGUCGAUGACAUGGAUCUUGAAGAUCCUGCUAAACAGCCGGAGGACGAUGAUGGAACAAAUGAGAGCAGUGCGAAGAAUGGGAGUGGUAGCAAGACGGAGGGUCAGUAACUGGGGAUAUGGUUAGCAAGGUCAUCGCUUCACAAUAGAGGAAAC